AUGGGUUGUGCUGGAUCGUCGCGGAGUAAAGAAGACGGGGCUGUUAAAAAGAUUCGAAAGCCAAAACCUUGGAAGCAUCCACAGCCAAUAACUAAAAGUCAGCUUACGCAACUGCGGGAUGAGUUCUGGGACACUGCUCCUCACUAUGGUGGCAGGAAAGAAAUUUGGGAUGCACUUCGUGCUGCUGCUGAAGCUGAUCUAACCCUUGCUCAAGCAAUUGUGGACAGUGCUGGGGUUAUCGUCCAAAGUGCUGAUUUGACGAUAUGCUAUGAUGAGAGGGGUGCAAAAUAUGAACUACCAAAGUAUGUGUUGACUGAGCCUACAAACUUGAUAAGGGACAGCUGA